AUAUGUCACUGUCAAUCCCAGACCCUCGACCGUCUCAACCAGCAUCUCGCCAGCCCAACGCAUGAUGCCGAGAUCUACCAGUUCCCGAAGGCAUUCCAAGGCUGCGGUAGAAAGUUCCGUGUUCUCAGUGCAUUGUGUCAGCAUGUGGAAAGCAAGAAGUGCGUUAUCAGGAGAUUCAACGCGCCUAUGCAGAACUUAGAUUCCAUGAUG